CAUAGCAGGGCGAUGCAGUAUGUGCAGGCUUAGCGGGAUUAAUUUAGGGCAUGACCUCUUGUUUGUUGUUCCACUUGAUCUACUUAAAUAAACUGGCGUUGCAACACCAAGACAAAGGUUGAAAUCUCUUCUUCCCAGGAUUGGGGGAAGUGUAUGGAAGGCAGAGAUAAUGAGCUAACCAUGCCACUUCACACAGAUAAACGGAGAGUGGUUCUAAUGCUUGGUGUUACCUGUGGUGACGUGAAAGUGGGGCUGAAGUCCGUUCAUUACUGGCCUGCAGAGGCUGUGCGGGAGGGACUGCUCCUCCGUGUUUAUGGCUGGCGGCCUGGAUAGUCUUGGCUUGUUUGCUUCCCCUGCCCUUCUCUCCCCAUUUCACUGCUAUCAAAGUACAGCGUACCGUAUGUGAACACGACGUGGGGCAGUAACCGUGAAGUGUUCUGGGAUGUGGGCAGUAGCAGCAGCACUGGUGAUAUGUCUCAUGAGAGUGCACACUGAACCCUUGGUUGCUGAAAACACCCAUCUCCUGACCUCUGAAAAGCACAAGAUAGUCCUCAACCAGGGAAUGAAAGAUCCCCCCAGAGACUGUUUUGGGAUGCUGAUGGUUUCGGGGGGUCAGGCCCGGGAUGGAGUGUAUCUAAUUCAGCCUGAUGAAUACCCUAUCCUGGCCUACUGCGCCAUGCAAGAGGGUGGUUGGACCGUGGUACAGCACAUUACAGUCAAUGGCACUGUGGACUUUGACCGCACCUGGGUGGAGUACAAGCAGGGCUUUGGGACCCUGACCGGGGACCACUGGCUGGGCAAUGAACACCUCCACCACCUCACCCGAGGGCCUGGACGCUACAGGCUGGGCAUCAAGCUGGUGGACGAAGAUGGCGUCACCAAGACAGGUGAGUACGACCCUGUCAUGGUGGAGGACGAGCGGUCUGGGUUCAGGCUGCGCCUUGGCCUGUUCCAGGGCUCCGCCUUGGACGCUCUCACCCAGGACACGGAGAACUACCUACACGACAACCAGAGGUUCACCACUAAGGAUCGGGACAACGACAACUACUUCCAGAACUGUGCCAAGCUGGAGUUUCAGGGCGUGGCGGGCGGCGGCUGGUGGUAUGACGCUUGCGCCGGGGCCAACCUCAAUCGCAGGAACGUCAUCUACUGGCAGAAGGACUGCAACAAGGAGCACCUGUGUAAGUAUGCCUGGAUGAUGGUGAAACCCUCAGACACGGUGAAGGUGGUCCACACUGGGGACUGCAAGAAGGAUGAACUGUAGGUCGAUCGAUACCGUCCCGUGGUCA